CCCCGCAAACACUCGUCUUCUACCUCAGCUUUUCGGCACGGAAUCGACCCCCCCCCAAAGGGAGAGGUGAUUUCCUAUCGAGAACGCAUUGGAGCCCAAAUUUAUGAUAUCUGCCCCCAUGUGACUGUUUGCUUGGGAUAUGCUGUUGCCUCGGAUACCGUGGCACACGAAAGAUGAGAUCUUCGUAAAGGACGGCAGUGUUUGCCAUCUGAGGUGGAGCGGGCGACGCAUUAAGAAAAAGAGUCGAGAUGAGCAGGUCGUCCUGCACAGAGUUAAUGCCAUCCCGGGAGCAUGGCUAUUAAACUAUGAAGCAGCCCGACGCAGCCUCCAUUAUGCUCUGAUAUCGCCUUCUCACGCGCAGUGCUCGUGGGCAGUCCGGCUCGAUCGCUAUAGCAUCUGACAUCACUCGACCACGGAGAGCAGGGCACGGCCUAUAUAUGCCACCGCAGUAGUUGCCGCAGUCCACCAGGAGGAGGAGGAGGAGGAGGAGGAGGAGGGAUACGAUGAACAAGAUGGCGAUGCGAAAGGGACCGUGGACGGAGCAGGAGGACCUGCAACUGGUAUGCUUUGUGGGGUUAUUCGGUGACCGUCGUUGGGAUUCCAUAGCCAAAGUCUCAGGUUUGAAGGGGGGAGGCUAGGUCUCAACAGAACCGGGAAGAGCUGCAGGCUGCGCUGGGUCAACUACCUCCACCCCGGCCUCAAACGCGGCCGCAUGACCCCCCAGGAAGAGCGCCUCAUCCUCGAGCUCCACUCUCACUGGGGCAACAGGUGGUCUCGCAUCGCCCGUAAGCUCCCGGGCCGCACCGACAACGAGAUCAAGAACUACUGGAGAACCCACAUGAGAAAGAAGGCUCAGGAACGAAAGAGAAAGGCGUCUCCGUCGUCGUCUUCGUCUUCCUCCUGGUCGCUCACCGACAACUCCGCCGCCCCGGGUAAACCGCCGUCGGAAGACGCGCCGGGGGGCGGUCAAGAGCUUAACUGCAGCGGCACGACGACGGCGCUCGGAGGGAUUGGAGACGACGACGAUGCUCUCAAUGGCUGCUACUCCAUGGACGAGAUCUGGGAUGAGAUCAGCGAGCUGAGCUUUCAGGAACGCGAGGACGAACGCGUCUCGUGCCCCCCGAUGCCUUCUCCCGUCUGGGAACACUUCUCCUACUCCCUGUGGAAGAUGGACGACGAGGACUUGGGCUUCCAAGCUCCCUGAUCGAAUCCGCCGGGCCGAGUUCUCCUCGCAUCCAUGUCCAUAGACGCGAAGUGCUUCUGAAGGCAACCUCUGUCAGCAUGCAGCAUUUCUCUUCUAUGUUGGGCUGUGAUAGAUGUUGUUGUGAGGCUCACUGUAAAAAUUCCUACUUGUUUGUCUCUAGAGAUCUGUAAACAGAGUUCGAAUCGGUUUGACUUCUUCUUCCU